GUCUAUUGGCGGGCGACUGGGUCCGACCGGAAAUCAAAAGCACAGCUUUCGAGAAAACGAGAGCGGCAGAGAGAGGUGUGCACGCGCCGUUUUAUUAUCUUAUGCCGGCGUGCUUCAGUAGAGACUGAUCUGAAACUGAUCAUCCUGGAUCUUUCCACAAUCCAAGCAAAACUCAAAGGACCCAUGGCCAUGCAAGGCAACAAGCGAGCUGCUGAAGGUUCACCUACAUCAGACAAUCGGCAGUCUACGAGUGAUACGAGUAAUUACUCUAGAAAUGCCAGUGCAAGUAAUGAGCCUGAUGGCAUUCGGGAGGCCAGGAACUUGCUUGAACAAAUCUUCACCGACAUAGACAAAAUGCCACAGUCAGAGGAAGGCAUGGCGUUUAUUAAUGACCUCAAGAAAAAAAAGGAAGCCAUGGAGGGUCUUUACAAGGAGAAAUUUGUCGUGACCGUAUUGGGGAGAACGGGAGCCGGCAAGAGCUCCCUGCUGAAUGCCAUCUUGGGAGAGAAGAAGCUGCUGCCGUGUUGUACUAUCAACGCAUGCACUUCAGUCAUCAUACAGCUGGAAGCCAACAUGGCCAAUUCCAAAUACGAGGCAGAGAUUGAAUUCAUACCUGAAGCGGACUGGAGGCAGGAGCUACAGUCUAUCGAUGAGCUGUUAUCUGAUGAGAAGGAUAUGGAUAAGCAGACAGCAGAGAUGCUAAAAAGUAAAAUCCGGGCUCUGUAUGGGAACGAUGGAGUUGGUAAAAAUGUAGAAAUCUUGAUGGAGAUGCAGAACUUCAGCCAUCUUUUUGAAGCUGGGAAAGAAUAUCUGUCAUCUGACAACGUAUCGGAGUUCUCUGCCCAAAUUAGAAAUUUUGUAUACGGUGGAACCAGCAUUAAAAGGAGAUAUACGACACAAUACUGGCCUCUAGUAAAAUGUGUGAUCAUCAAAGUGCCCAAUGCUCAAGACCUCCUGGGAAACCUUGUCUUGGUGGACGUUCCAGGAUCAGGGGACUGGAACAAGGCCCGGGACAAGAUGUGGGAAGCGAGCAUCUGUAGUUGUUCCUCUGUGUGGGUUGUAGCAGACAUUGACCGCGCUGCCGCAGACAGAGAUGCGUGGAACAUCUUGGACAGCAGCAUCAACUACCUUGGACCCAAUGGACAGUGUCAAAGUAUUUCUUUCAUCUGCACCAAAACAGACAACAUCAGCAGCUCAUAUGAACUAGAAGAUGAGGACUGUGUUACAGACGGAGAGGCCACAUCUGCCCAAACGAGAGAGCAGUGGAAAAGAGCUUGCAUUUUGGACAGAAACAUACGAGCGAAGAAGAUCAUUGAAGAUGAUGUGUGUGACCAGUAUGAGCAACUUGGGAAAAUUGAGGUGUUCACUGUGAGUGCUGAGGAAUUCCGGAAACCUGAUUCAGUCCUGAGACCCGAGGAAACCGAGAUUCCCCAGCUGAGAGCCCUGCUGAAAAAACUAAAUGCCGAACAGUCAGACAAACGGACAAAAAGCUACAUUCUCGAUGCUUUUGGAAUCAUCUCACUGAUAAGAGUGAAAAACUCUGCUCAAAAAAAGACUAUUUUGGAAAUGGAGCAAACCUUUGCAAGGAUUCUGGAACCAGAGCUACAAAUCAUAAGGCAAUUUAUGUUAAACACCAAGGAGACCUUUGAUAACAUCCUUAAACUGGCAACAGCCACAUCAGCGAACUUAUGUGCGGAGAGGAUGUUGAACGUGAUUGCACCGGCUGGAACUUGGAUGGGGUAUCACCAGACACUGAAAUCUGCAUGCAGGAAUGGUGGAUUUCGCAUGUCAAGAAAUGGGGGCACCACAGAUCUGAAUGUCACUUUGGCCACAACUAUGUGUGAUGCAAUCCGUGAGAAGUUCCAUGAGGUGUUUUCAAUGGAGGUGAAUAAAAAAUCCCUCUUUGAAAAGAUUGAGGACUUCAACAUCAUCUCAUAUUCACUGCAAAGUUGCAUGUCUCAACAACAUGUGGAUUUCAUCAAAACUCAGCAAAUGAUAUUGAAAAACACACUGAAAGAGAAGAUCAUCUCGCAUAAGAAGGAAAUCCACCGCACAAUCCAAAAGUCCAUCCAGAGCACCAUGCUCCCUGCCUACAACAAGGCUGCCGAAGUGACAGGCAAAGGAACAAUGCAGAAAAUGCAGAAAAUACUUCUGAGCCACAUAGAGACUAACAAGGAUAGCAUGUUCCUCGAAGCCAAGGACUCGAUGCUGAAACGCCUUGUCGAGCUUGAGAUCUACAUCGUGAAUGAGAUGAGGGAUAUCCUGAUGGAAGCCCUGAGGCAGCCUCUCCGCUCCCCAAGCGACUGGCGUCUCCCAGAUGUCGAUGAAUAUUACGAGAAGAUGAAGAAGAGGUACUACGAUUGUCUGGGAGACGAGAGUCAUCAGUGAAGUCAAGGUCGCCCAUGAAAUGACGAGCUCGGCGCGUGCUCAGUAAUCCGGGUGUAUGAAUCCCAGGAGAGUUGAAUCGGUUCAUUCGGACACCGUAGUUUCAUGGAUAAAAUGCAGUUUAUUGCCUACAAUAAACUGCAUUUUUCUUAAAACGUGUCAAAUCUCAACCAAAUUGGCAUUUUAUCAGCAGAACGAUAAUGGAAAAAAAGUUUUUCCUGUUGGCACUUUGAGAGAAAAAUUAAGGCAUGAAUUUAUAACAGCCGGCAGGACAAUUUAAAUGCAUCGUAGCUGUGAGGUCUUUCUAAAAAGGCCGAAGGGCAACUACAACCUACAAGAGUUUUGAAAUCAAGAGGGGUAGUUCCUCAUUUAUAACAUUUUCUGUACUGGUUUUUAGUGGGUCUGUGUGUUUACUUUGACCUUAUGUAUGCUUUGCAAAGUGUGCGCUCACUACUGUGUGAUGACAUCAUCAGCUAUAUUCCAUGCUCAUAUGCAGAUCCUUUUGGUCUCAUUCUCAUCCAGCUUUCCCAAAUUCUGCCCCUCUAUAUAUCAAUCAUAUGCGGCACCUUCCAUACUUAUGUACAUGCCUCUUGAUUCAUCUAUAUCUAAUUAUGUCCCAAUUCUGCCUGUCCCAAAACAUGUUUGAUCCCUACAAUUAUGCUCUUAUAUGGCUUAGCUAGGAAGAAUAAUAUCCUCGUUGUUAUCAUUAUUAUGUUUAUCGUGUUGGCAGUACUCUUCUAUUAGUAAACCAAUGUCAGCGUGUGUUCUGAAAGUUGUGGUCAGUUCAGAAAAUAUUAUGUGAAGAGAAAGCUCCUUAAACCUCUUGACUGGGUAUCUGGGUGGCGUGGCGGUCUAUUCCAUUGUCUACCUAUACGGGUAUCACUGGUUCGAAUCACUGUAUUACGUCCGGCUUGGUCAGGCGUCCCACUACAGACACAAUUGGCCGUGACUGCGGGUGGGAAGCUGGAUGUGGGUAUGUGUCCUGGUCGCUGCACUAGCGCCUCCUUUGGUUGAUCGGGGUGCCUGUUUGUGGGGAGAACUGGGGGGAAUAGCGUGAUCCUCCCACGUGUUACGUCCCCCUGGUGAAACUCCUCACUGUCAGGUGAAAAGAAGCGGCUGGCGACUCCACACAUAUCAGAGGAGGCGUGUGGUAGUCUGCAGCCCUCCCCGGAUCGGCAGAGGGGGUGGAGCAGCGACCGGGACGGCUCUGAAGAGUGGGGUAAUUGGCCAAGUACAAUUGGGGAGAAAAA